AUAGCACCAACACCUACAACUCUGAGCUUCCAUCACACACCAAAGUCCCACCCGCUACCCAUCUUUGUGAUUCCAAGUCUGAGUACUGACCGUUUCAUCCACUACGACACGAUCACGUCGGUUGCUCCGUUUGAGGGACAUACAAACUCACCGCCAGUGACUAUAAUAACCAGUGAAACUGUAUCUACAGUUUCUCAAAAGAGUGAUGUAAUGAGUGACAAAAUGGGUUCCACUGAACUAAAGACCGAAACAACACCAACAACAACACGAUGUCAUGAGAGCAGCAGCAGACCUGUCACCACAGUAACAGUUCCUGGGUCUUCCGCCGUCACCCAGCCUGGUGGAGGGGGUCCUCCCUAUGGCCCACCCACAAGACCACCUAUUGCUUCUCCUGCGGACCACUCCAACAUCUACAUCUCAGUCUCAGUCAUUGUCAUUGUUCUCAUCAUUGUGUCUGGUAUAGGGAUUGUGAGUCUGAUGCUCGUGCACAAGUAUCGAGCUGCCAAAAGGAGGGUUAGUGACGCCAUGGGUAUGGACCUCAAGAAGAGAAGAAACACUCCCUGGCACCUCUACUAUGCAGAACCUGUUCCUGGACACAAUCACUAAAGACUUACGAUAGUUCAUUGCUCUCUGUUGCAUGUA